GACCCCUUCUAAUUUGGUGCCCAUCUAGCAUGGCCUUCCAUUUUGAUAUAAUACACACAACCCAACCAGACCUCUUCCAAAUUCCACUCCCACAUUUCUCCCUCACCCUCUCCAUUACAUCCCAAUGCCUUCUAUUUCCUAGGAAACUCCAAGAAGAUCGCGACGAACAAAUGCGAUUUGAAGAAUUCUGAGCUAGCAAGGCUGUCAUUUUGAAGAAUAUUCAUUUGGUGAUGUGAUUCUGGUUUACCUUCUCAAAACCAAAGCCAAUGUCUUUCAUUUCCAGGGCCUGCAUCACAUCAUCAUAUCCUGCAGAACUUUUAUUGCAGGAUGAUUCUUUAUUGCCUUUGAGAUUGUGGGUUUGAUUAGAUUUUUUUUAUUUGUUUAUGAAUUGUGGGAGGUUUGUUUGUAUAAUAUUACGAGCUUUAAUGGAUGUGGCAUACAGAUGGCUAUAUGUAGCUGCAAUUCAAGAAUUUAACAACAAAGGCACAAGAAGACUUUCAGGGUGGUAUUGAUGGAGUUCUUCAAAAGCUGGCACAUCCUCUGGCUGCUCUUUUCUCUGUCAUUUUCAUCAUCAUCAUCUUUUGUGCAAGCCUCAUAUGGCUAUGACCCUGUGUCCUUGAGCACUUUUUUCCAUGAUUAUGCAAACACAAGUCUAAGGAACCCUCAUACUGGCACGCUAUACAAUAUUUCUCUCCCUGCUAAUUUCUCUGGCAUGGAAGCUUCAUUUGUUAGGGUCAUUAGCGCAAAGUUUUGGAGUAGAGGAGCAAAUUUCAGUUCAUUUCAAAUACCACCAAGGGUUAUUCCAAUGCCUUAUGGAAGAAGGCUAGCUAUAGUGUUUGAGAAUUUAGGCAAUUGGUCUUCAAGUUACUACCAAAUGUCCAAUUACACAUUGGUUGCUCCUGUUGUUGGCUUCAUGGCUUAUGAUUCUCCAAAUGCAACUCCAAUAGGAAAUCAGAAGCUCAAUUUCACUACUCAGGGUGACCCCAUUACAAUCCGGUUUUCGCAUAUUGAUGAUGUGCAAGGGAAAAAUGUGACACCAAAAUGUGUCCAAUUUGGUGCUGCUGGGAGCUUUGAGAUCAAGAACAUGACCAAGGAAAAUGAGUGCAUUACACAUGGUUUAGGCCAUUUUUCCAUUGUUGUUCCAUCUCCGCCGAGGCCAGCGCCAAUGCCAGAGAAGAAAAAGAGGCAUCGGAAAGGGUUGGGGAAAGGGUUUGUAGUUGGAAUUGUGCUUGGGUUUGUUUUACUGGGAUUGGUAAUGAUAGCCAUAUUCAAGUUAUGGUGGAGGAAGAAACUUAAAGCUAUGGAGAAGCAGUCUGAAAAGGAUGUGGCUUUUGAUACAUUUUGGGUUGGGAGAAGUAAAAUGCCUUCUGCAUCAAUGACUAGAACCCAACCAUAUCUUGAACAUGAAUAUGUUCCUUGAGUACUUCAAUCUUCUUUGUAGUUCUUUUUCUCGUGUACUUCUUUUUCUUUUUCCAUCCAAAUUUGUAAUAGUGAAAGUUAUUUUAAAUCAUGAACUUUAGACUGAUGACAGAAACUUUAUUUUCU